CGUGGGGACCGUGCCAGGCGGAGUGGAUAUAUGAGAUCCGUAUGUCCGGGAUUUAUGCAGUACCCUAUCACAGAACGCUCCAGACUGGGGAUCUUGGGGGUUGGUGGAGGAUGACAAGAGCACGCCCUGCUCACCAAGCCCACCUUCUCUCCCAUUAUGACAGGGGUACGGACCUGUCUGAUUUGGGGAUCAUGGGCGAUCGAUGUUGCUCUACGCGGGUCCCCAGGACCAAACGAACCGUUGUGUAUCCUGGAGCGGUAAACCCCUACUGUCCUGGUCUGGCACCUAUAUGAAGCCCGUCCCCCCUCGGCCGCCGUCUCACUUUAGUGUUUCUCUUCGGUUUUCUUUUCCACCUCGUGGUUCUCUUUUUCCCCCGUUAUACCCAACCGACCGUGCAGUUCCACCCAGGUCGGUCGCACUAGUUAGGAUUCGAUAUCGCCAGUCAGGAGUGACGAGAGCUACGCAUUCGACAAGCUUGGUCAACGACAAAAAAAGGCACGAUGGCCGACACAACGAAUCCGGGCGAGAAGGACACCGCCCACACGACCAGUGCUGCGCCGGCCAAUGGUGCGAACACGGCGCACCACCGCGGGCCAUGGAACCCGAUGGCCAACAUCCACGCCGACGACCAGCCGCGGCUGCCGGCCUUCGGCGGUGAGUUCCAGCCCGGUCUCUGGCGGUCGAUGGAGCAUCGGAAGUUCGCCAACCCCGCGCCGCUCGGUCUGUCCGCUUUCGCCCUCACCACCUUCGUGCUCUCUGCCGUCAAUCUGAACGCUCGGGGUGUGAACGUCCCCAACAUCGCCGUUCCCCUCGCGCUCGGCUACGGUGGUCUCGUCCAGCUCCUAGCCGGCAUGUGGGAAAUGGCAGUUGGCAACACCUUUGGUGCUACAGCCCUGUCGUCUUACGGCGGUUUCUGGAUCGCCUACGGCAUCCUCUUGACGCCCAACUGGAAUAUCCUUGGCGCUGGCGGCCCGUAUAUGUCAGAGGCGGCAAAGGCCGUCGACCCGAAGAUGGGCAACUCGGCGGUUGGCUUCUUCCUGACCGGAUGGUUCAUCUUCACUACCAUCUUGCUGCUCUGCACGCUGCGCUCGACCGUCAUGUUCUUCUUGCUCUUCUUCACGCUCGACUUGGCCUUCCUCAUGCUCGCCUGCGGUGAAUACGCCACCGACAACAACAACCCCACGGCGGCCCUGAAGCUUACCCAGGCCGGUGGUGGCUUUGGCAUGAUUGCUGCCUUCUUGGCGUGGUACAAUGCCUUCGCCGGUAUUGCCGACAGCAGCAACUCGUUCUUCCUCAUCCCCGUCUUCCACUUCCCGUGGUCGGAGAAGGGUCGCGAGGCCAGGCUUGCCAAGACUGCCAGCCGCACUACUGCUUAGAUCGGUUUGAUGAUGCUGGGAUGCCUUGGGUUAAAAUGAUCGGUUAUUAUUCGAGUCUUAUUUAGCGGGCGCCUGUCUUGGUUGUGGGAGGGUUCUGUGCCGCGUUCGGCAGUUGGCUGUGCCGCUAAUAACCUGGAAGGCCCGCAAGAGACGCGCCAAAUUCCUCUCGGUCGGCGGCGCAAUUGUGGGUGCAGCUCGGGCAGGCCGCAACGGCAUCGGACUUGGGGACUCGGCCGUGCUAGUACAUGAUAUCCAUGUUUUGUAAUGAAGUUACCUAGGUACACAUACGACAGAAGGGAGCCCAAGAUAUCGGGUUAACAAAGAAGAAUUAGAAGUUCUGGGCUUCUAAGUAAUCCUCGGUAAUGCUUGGAUGCAUCUCAACAUAUUCCAGGGCACGUUGGCGCACCUUCCAAGGUCCCACAAUUUGGCGCUACUACUACCUUAGGUGAUUCGGAAAUUUUUAGCACAGGGCAACCAACGCAACUUGAACUCCGA